AAUUCCUCUGUUGCUUUGUCACUGGACUAUAAAAGUUGAGCCUAUGUCAGACAUUCUCACUUUUAAUUGAUGCAGCUUUUUACAUAAAGGCAGAGCUCACAGCCCUUGAGGAAACGAUGAGUGUUGGUUUAUCAGUGGGGACAGGAAAACCAGGCUGUCUCAACGGGUUUGUUCCAGGCUGCUGAUCCAGUAAGAAACCUUCAUCUCUUGUGGUUCGGACUGCCUGACAGAUCAAAAUUCCCUGCGCUGAAGUGUCUUCGGCCCCCCCACACCCCACACCGGAGUCAAGGACAUAAUGUGACACAUCUUGAUCCCUGGGUGACUGACUGACUUACAUCCGAGGCCACGAUGCAGGAGUGCCACACUGGUCUGUGUCUGUCUGUCUACAUCUUUACCUUUGUGCUGGGCUUCCCGGCCAAUAUCCUUGCCUUCUACACUUUUUGCAUGAAAGUGAGGCAGAGACCCACACCGAUCGACAUCCUGCUCCUCAACCUGACCAUCUCUGACCUCCUCUUUCUCCUCUUCCUGCCCUUCAAGAUGCAAGAAGUGAUGAACGGCAUGGUCUGGGACAUGCCCUAUAUCCUCUGCCCGCUGUCGGGCUUCAUCUUCUACAUGACCAUCUACAACAGCACUUUCUUCCUCACCGCUGUCAGUGUGGAGCGCUACCUGGGUGUGGCUUUCCCCAUCCAGCACAGCCUGAAGCGACGACCAGUAUACGCUGUCGCCGCCAGUAUCUUCUUCUGGAUUUUCUCCAUUAUCCAUUUGAGCAUUGUGUUCAUUGUGCCCUUUAUUGGCUCUGAAAGUUCUCAAAACUCUCCAAAUGACACAUUAGGUCACAAUGCCUCAGCUAGCCUUGCCUCAAAUGUCGAACAAAGGCGGGUGUGUUAUGAGAACUUCACAAAGGAUCAGCUGAGGGUCCUUUUGCCUGUGCGUCUGGAGCUCUGUGUGGUACUCUUCUGCAUUCCUUUCCUGAUUUGCAGUUUCUGCUACAUCAACUUCAUUAGGAUUCUGUCCAAGCUGAAUCAUAUUGACCGGCGCAGGCGCCUCCGGGCCAUUGGCAUGGCUCUAGGAACGCUACUGGUGUUUGCUUUAUGUUUUGGCCCCUAUAAUGUCUCACACAUUGUGGGUUAUAUUACAUGGAAAAGCCCUGGCUGGAGAGACAAAGCCCUGCUGUGCAGUACCUUUAACGCUUGUCUAGACCCUCUUAUUUUCUACUUCUCUUCCUCUGCUGUAAGAGGGAAUGUGGGGAGGGUGAUGGAAGGGGUUAAAAGUCGCCUACACAGGUGCAUGUCCUGUCACAUGCCCUGGGCCCUGUUGGGGGGAAUUAACAAGACUACAAAAGAUAAGGAGCACAAACAAGAGGAGAUCAAUGCUAUCUGAGCUGACUGAAGUGGAGCUGUGGGCAACAGCCUUCACUAAUUUGUUAUUUCCUCAUCCCUAGAAGCAGGAAAUUAAUGCCAUGUUUAUGUUUUUACACGUGAAAAAAAGGGCUUGGUACACUGUAUACAGCGCAGCGUGUCUCUGUUUGACUUUCUCCUGGCGAACUUUCUGUUUGGAAAUCAGAUAAAGCCAUAGAGACAGACUACUUUGAAGAGUCACAUUCAAAUGAACAUUUCUUACACAACAGCAGGAUUUCACAAGAGCUCCGUCAAUGUAGUCAAGUGUUGUGGAACGUUUUUGGUAGAGAGAGACGCCAGCAAAAGCGAAUAUCUAAGUAACAGCGUUGGACGUCAUAUCUUAGCAAUAAGAGAUAAAGCUUUCCCACCAGCUUCAACAAGGAACAGGAAAUGGUCUCUGUUUGUAACAACAUGGUGUGUUGAAUGAUUAAAAAAAAACAACUUGUAAAGUGUGAGAUCUGAAAGAGGAUGCAAGCAUGUUGAAAAUGGCAGUGCUUUUUACACCUUUAGAAACACAUCUAUAUGGUUUGCUCUUUUGUCUGAACAUAUAUUUGUAUAUAUUUUGUAUUUGUAUAUUUUGUAUUAUUGUAUUCAUGCUAUAAUUUGAUGUGUGUUUAUUUAUAUAUCUCAUGUAAUACAGAACACAUGGCAAUAUUUAAACCAUCUGAUUUGCAAAAGUAGCAUGUGUAUGAAUGCAUUUUAUAUAUGCGGGGGUUGUAAUCACACAUGACAAACCACAGAAACAUUAUUUUCAUUUUAUUUUCAUAGAUGAUCAGCAGCUUCUUUUGAAUGUGCAGUAAAUUUUAUUAUGUGUAGAUAAGAGUUUAUGCUGUGGAAAAGUGAGUGCCGAGAGAGAAUGACAAACUAAUGACUAUGCUAUUUUCAUAAACAAAUCAUCUAAUAAUACAUUCAUGUAAUAUUUGACUAAUGUAUUAUUUUGCAUGGCAGCGGUCAGGUACUGCAAGUGUCACUCUGUGUGUGUGUUUGUGUGUGUGUCAGAGUGGAGAGAAUGACAGAUACAAUUUAUAC